AUCUAGUUGCUGAUAUCUGAUAUUUUGUUGUAUUUUUUCUGAUUUUGUACUGAUUUCUUAUUGAUAUGAGAGAAUAUUUUGAUUUUUUUGACAUUAAAAAGUGUAAUUAUACAUUAAAUGGUACCAAAUGGAGACAGAUUGAAACAUUAUAUGCCUGUAGAGUGGAUUUUCCUCGAAAAAAAAUAUUGGAGCUGCAAAUAAUGAGGAUUCAGGAGAACGACUCUGAACAAACGUGCACCCGAGGAAAAACAGCAGAUGUAAAUUCCUCCCUCGUAAAGUCCUGUCGUUCCGGAAAUCUGCCAAAAGUAAGAGAAAUAAUUUCUCGAUAUUACAUCUCCGAUUUUUCCAAAUGUUCGUACGCUUUGCUUUGCGAAGCCUUGAAAAAUAACAACAUAUCGAUCGCCAAGGUGCUUUUGCUGUGUGGGGCAAAAGUAAAUAAUUCAUCAGAUUCAGGCCAAUGGGAUUUCAAUACUCCCCUGCAUUUUGGAGUCUGUACAAAAAAUGUACAAGUUGUUAUUUUGCUUCUUCAGCAAGGAGCAGCAGUGAACGCAAAAAACAGAAUGAAAGAAACGCCCCUACACCUGGCAAUAAAAAACGAAUCUGAAAGAAUCGUCAAGGUCUUGUUGAUUAGUAAAGCCAACGUCGAAGCAGUCGACAGUCACGGAUAUAAACCUUUACAUUUAUCCGUGAAAAAUUCAAAUCUCAAGAUUACUCUCCAUCUUUUGUUUCACGGAGCCCUGGUGGACUCUGUAUUCAAUUUGAUGGGCGUCAUAUGCUUUACACCUUUACACCUGGCGAUAGAACGUGGAAAUAAACCAAUGGUGAAACUUCUUUUGGACUAUGGAGCAAGCCUAAAUUUAUUGCGUUACACUAAUAACAAAAAAGGCGAGUCGCCGCUGAUGCUCGCUGUGAAGAAAGGUCGGAUUAGUGUCGUGAAACUCCUUUUAAAAAGGGGAGCAAAGAUCAAUUCGAAAUACGAUAAAAACUCUAGUCUCUUGCAUCUGGCUCUUCAGCAGGGAUUUAAAAAACUUGUUGAGCUUCUUUUGAAGAAUAACCAUAAAAUUUAUGGUAGGGAUGAAGAAGGGUUUACGGUUUUGCACAAAGCUGUGGCGAAAGGUGAGAGAGCAAUUGUGAAAUUUCUUUUGAAGAAAGGAUGCUGUGUGAAUACUGCCGCAAAGUUUGGAACGACGCCACUCGAAACUGCUGUCGAAAAUGGAGACGAGAAAAUGGUGCGGCUUCUCUUGACUCACAACGCGAUUGUUUGUAGAAAAGAUUCCGAAGGAUUCUCUGUGAUACAUCGAGCUGCUCAAAAUGGCAAUAAAUUUAUAGUUAAGUUUCUUCUGGAAAACGGAUCUGAUGUGAAUGAUAUGACCUCUAUCGCGGAAACUACACCGCUGCAGAUUGCUGUUCAAAACGAAAACGAAGCUGUAGUCAACCUCCUUUUGAAACAGGGUGCAAAAGUAGAUGCCAAGGAUAAAAAUGGCAAAACUGCUCUCUGGUUUGCAGUCGAAAAAGGAAACAUAAGGAUCAUCGCUUGCCUUUUGAACUACAAACCAAAGACUGAGGACGAAAAUAUUAAAUCGGCGUUAAGUUUUGCAAUUCUUGGGGGACAAUCAGAUGUCGUAAAACUACUUUCUGAUUAUGGUUUUACGAUAAGGUCUGAAGAUGUCGAUUUUGAAUUAUUCCAGGCUUCUGUGAUACGAGGAUACACAAAAGUGGUUCAAGAUAUUUUAGAAAGAGAUGCCAAUAUCGAUCGGGAUAUGAUUAUAUUUCAUGGAGUGAUUGCGAGGAGUUUGAAAAAUCCACUUGGGCGAACCCCUUUGCACCACGCUUACGAGAAUCGGGAUUUUGAAAUGUGUAGACUCCUCUUGUCGAAGGGAGUGAAAAUUGAUUCGAAAAUAUAUUACGAUCAGAGUCUUCUUCAAAUGGCUGUCACAAAUUCGGACAAGGAAUUUGUCGCAUUUGCUUUGGAAUAUGGUGCCAAUGUGAAUGAAACUUGUAAAGAUAAUAAUACCCUGCUUCAUAUUGCCUGCACAAAAGGGCAUGGACAGAUUGUCAAGUGGUUGUUGAACCGGAAUGCUGAUGUUUAUGUAAAUGAUAAAGAAGGUUUCACGCCUCUACACAGAUGUCUGAAAAAGGACAACGAGGAAAUUGUUAUUUUACUUUUGCAGAAAGGAUCUGAUGUGAAUGCCGCCACAAAUUCAGGAUCCACACCAAUCCAUUUGGCCGCUCAGUAUUGCGGAGAAAAAAUUGUCGUUCGUCUUGUGAAACAGGGCGCCGAUACGAGGGCAAAAGAUCAUAAUAAAAAAACAGCUCUUCACAUUGCUGUUUCGAGCGGAAAUAUUCUUGCAGUUCGUGUCCUUUUAUACAGCAAUCCAGAUCUUGACGAUGCAAAUAAUAAACUGGCACUUUGCCUCGCUGUAAUUAAGAGUCGUUUUUGCGAUCAGACUAUAGUUUCCACUUUUUUAUAUCGCGGUUUCACUAUUGAGACUGAAGAUUUCGACAAAUUCGAAAUACCAAAUCCUCUUUAUUCAAGGCUGAAGGAGGAUUAUGCUCGAGGAAAAUUUACGAAAAUUUUGCAAGACUUGUUCAAGAGGGAAACAAAUGUUGGGACUUUAUUUGAAUAUCAGGUUUUGAGAGCUUGUGUUAAGAAAGGAUUCGUGGAUAUUUUGCGAGGGCUUUUGAGGAACGUGAAUGUAAAUGUUUUACUUGAUGAAGGAACAAGUUUACUCCAUGAAGCAAGUGAGAAUGGACAUUUGUUGGUUGCUAGAGAACUUGUCAAGUUUGGUGCCAAGAUUAAUACCCGUGAUGUUUACAAUAAAACACCCCUUCAUGCUGGUGUUUUUCACGAUUCUAAGGAUGUUGUUGAAUUUUUGUGCAGAUCCAAAGCUGAUUUGGAAGCACGUGAUAUCGAUGGGGAAACUCCUCUUCACUUUGGAGCGCGUGGAAAUUUUACGAGUUGUUUGUUGCUUUUGAAGGCUGGAGCUGAUAUUAAUUCCAUCAGCGAAAGAGGAUUCCGGCCUCUUCAUUUGGCCGCAGAGGGUGGAUAUGGAGAUAUUGUUAAAUUGCUGUUGGACCACGAUGCUGAAAUCGAUAUUGAAAAUGGUGAAAAGGAAACUCCUUUGGAUCUGGCUUUACAAUUUGAGAAACAGCAAGUUGUAAAGACAUUGUUGGAGUAUGGGGCCAUGUAUAAUUUUAAAAAGAAUUCACCCUUCUUGUUUUACUCGAAAGAUAUAAACAUUUUACUGAAAAAGCACAUUAUUAAAAUUCAAGCGGCAGAGAUGAGCGAGGUUAAUGUUGAUCUUUGGCCAGAGAUGAACAGUUUUCGAAUGAAAUGUGAGGAGGAAGUUCAGUGGAUGAAGUGGGAAAAGAUUGGAUUCAAUAUUUCCUUUUACGAUAUUUUGACGCAAAGGGAAAGCGAAUUGAAUUUCUACAUGAGAAAUGAACGGCUCGGAAAAAUGCUGGAUGUGGAAUAUGAUGGAAAGUUUCCUAUUUAUGCCAGCAUGUUAAAAAUUCGAGUCAUGAAGGGAAAAAUCAGAAAUCGGCUGGUAAAAUUGGGUGGGAUUUCUCUCGAGUCGAUUCUCGAAAUUGAAUUACCGGAUCUUGUUAUGUACCAACUUUUUUCCUAUCUAAGCAAUAUUGAUUUGCGUAAUUUCAUUCACGCUUUGCAGACUAGCAAAGUUGCAACGAAAUCGUGUCAAGGUUUAUUCGAUAUUUUAGAUCCCGAGGAUGAUAUGUAAAUUUUCAGAAUCCGAAAGAUUUUUUUGUUUUAAUGUAUUUUACUGUUAUAACAUUAAUUAUUUUUCAGUUGUUAUGGAUUUCUCCUUGAGCAAUCGAAUAUAGUUGUGAAAAAUUUUAUUUUUUUUAUAUUACGCGAUUUUUAUAUACAAAGCAAUGUUGAACCAUUUUUUUAUUAACAGCCAUCGAUGUUACAUCAGGGUGUUUAUAAUCGAAUGCUUAUGCUGAUGAAAGUUGUAUUAUUUUUUUUUUU